AUGGUCGACGUUGUGCUAUAUACGGACGAACAGCCGGAGAAGCAACCGGCUGCCCGAUUCUGCUCGAAGAGAAGGAUAUCAGCUGGAGGUUGUGGAGAAAACCCGGCGAAAAUUGUACGACAUUUGCGCGAUCAGUUGGAAUGCACGAAUAUUUUCAGGAAGAUUCAGAUCUUGGAAGGUAAGAGCUGCUUUGAAUUACUUUUGCAACGG